AUGGCCCCACUCAUGAUUGAAUACGGCCAGCCCGUCGUGCGCAUCAAAACAGAGAGGGAGACACCGGCACCGGCGCCAGCGCCGCCACCCGUGCGCAUCAAAACAGAGAGGGAGUCAACGCCUGCCUCUACACCUAAUCGACGCCGGCGUUCGUCCGCGACGCCGCAGUCCGGUGCGGGCAACAAAGCGCCCUCGCCUUCAAUCCCCUCUGCCUCCAGAUCAUCCACUUCCCUCGUCCCAUUCCACCGCCCACCUUCGUGCGCUCCAAACUCCCGUCGUCCCGCCACCAACUCUUCUCGCCGCGGCGCACAUGAGCCCACCCCCCUCCGCUCGCCCUCAGAGGCCCCAUCCGCCGCCUUCACCAGGCGCUCAAGGAGCUCCACCGCGCAGUCGUCCGUGGGAUCGAGUGACACCCCCGGCCCAGGCAUCCGGGCCACACCUCAACCUCGUCGCGUCCCCCGGGUCAACAGGGCUCGCCAAGCUACGGCCGACAAGCCUACCGCCCCCCUUUCCCCACCUACCCCGCUUGCCCCACCCCUCCCAGACGGCCUGGAGACCGCUCUUUUGGAAGGAACAGAGGCCUUGAAGCACGUCGCUACCGAUGACACACCCGAUAAGGGUGUCGCCAUCAUGAGGCUCUCGAUGAAUGACCUCUUCCGUGCCCAAGCCGGCGCUGUCACCAAGAUUCUCGCCGACCAAGCAACAUCAAUGUUGGAGGCAGAUGGAGUCCAACUCUGUCCCCCUACGCGGGCCUUGGUUGAGCAGGUGAUGAACGUCCUCCUAUCCAUGGUGCGAGCCACCUACUUCGGUAGUCUCCGUGGUUAUGAAGUCCCCACCGCCUUGUCUGCCCGUACUCCCUUGGACCGACGCCAGCGCGUUUGGUACGUGAGCCACCGUCAACACUUGGAACAAGUGUUUGACGACGAAAUCGGACGCGGCAAUGUCCCCAUCGAGGUGGCUACCGAAGUUCUCUCAGCGGCCCACCAACAGUGGGCAAGUGGGGCUGCCCUCACGCAACUCGCCAACGCCAUUGGUACGGCCGGCCCCCUUCCCAGCAUGCGGAGUGUCCGCUCCCUUGUUUCUUCCAUUGUCCGCCUCUCAGAAAUCUUGAUCAAGGAGUAUUGGAGGUAG